CGAAAGGACGACAGUGCACUUGGACUCAUUCAACUCCAGAGCCUCGCCAUCCUUCAACUUCAGGAAAGCGCCAGUCGAGAUGGAGGCCUUUACUUUCACGAAGACCCUGCAUCACGACACGUACGACUUCAUCGCACCAAGCAAAGCUGAUCUCAGCGGACGGGUGAUUUUGAUCACAGGUGCUAGUCGCGGUAUAGGGCGCGCCCUGGCAGUGUCCUAUGCUCGUGCGAAAGCAUCUGGCAUCGUACUAGCCGCCCGUGGAGACCAGAGCGAAACGCAAAAGGCGAUCGAACGCGCGGUCCAAGAGUCGGGGCAUGCGCCGCCAAAUGUCCUAGCGCUACACGUCGAUGUGACGGACUUGAGCUCGGUCGAAGCUGCUGCUGCGAAGGUACAGGAGGCCUUCCCUGGGGGUAUCGACGUGGUGGUUAGCAACGCCGGUUUCCUGGAGGCGCCUUUGGCACUAGCAGACGCGGAUCCAGACGCUUGGUGGCAGUCGUACGAAGUAAACGUGAAAGGCACGUUUCUCGUGUGUCGUGCUUUCAUCCCCAAGCUCUUGGAAAAAACCGAUGGCCUCAAGUCUCUUGCCAUCGUGACCUCAAUUGGCGCCUUGAUGGUUCUCCCGGGUAUGAGCGCGUAUAACAACGCCAAGCUCGCCACUCUUCGGCUAGCUGAGUACAUCCAGCUUGAGUACGGCGCCAAGGGCAUCAUCGCCUUCAGCAUUCAUCCUGGCGGCGUGGACACAGAUCUUGCUCGUAACCUAGAUGAGAGUAUGCACGCCAGCUUAACAGAGACCCCCGAACUACCUUCGGACACGAUUGUGUGGUUGACAAAGGAGCGGCGAGAGUGGAUCGGCGGUCGUUUCGUCCAAACGCAGUGGGAUAUGGCUGAAUUCGAAGCGAGGAAGGAAGAGGUCAUAGAGAAAGACCUGUUAACGGUCAAGGUGAAGUUCUAGCGCAAACAGAUCUAACCUCUUGACUCGCACAGUUGCUGCUUCUGUUCUACGAUGUUUGGAAGGAGUUAUUGAACGAGAUUCAAAGCCUCAUUUACGUCGUCGUUGGAAUUCCUACGAAAUCGAACGUAGUUGACAGGUUGAGAAGGCUCUACAAAGCAAAGUGGAGCGAGGUCGCAUCCCAAAGACGGAAUUAAACGAACUUGCACAAGGCAUAAAGCGAUUUCUUCUAGGUGUACUGCAGUCCCCGAGAACAGAAGGUAGAACUUAGCCUCUGCGAGAUGGCGUGUGACACCAGCUGGCUUAGAAGAUAAGAAUACGAGUUAUUUGACUGCUCUUCCGAUCUCCAUCGCUUCUGCAGAGUUCUG